CCAAAUUUACCCAAAAUCAUAAGUGAUACAGGUGAGUAUUUUGUGUUCCAUUGCUCCGGAAGCCAGGAAGACGCAGACUGAAGACGACUGAGAAGCUGCGGAAUCUGUCAAUGACAACAGCAUCAGACACUACGUUGCAUGUACAAGCUUACAAGAUCCGUGAUGGUGAUACCUGGAUUAACGGCAAAAAUGGAGACCCAUUGAAGCCGGGUACAUCAGGAACACGUCAGAGGUCAACAGGCUAGUGCCGAGCGUUAACAGAUUUGGCCAACAACAACAACAACAAUUCGCGUAUUGUUAUAGGAGAUAAGCCUUGCAAGACCUAUGCCAUAUAAUCCCAUAGCAAAUUGAAUUACAGCUCAGGCAAUUGUGAGAACAAGAGCUUUCACAGGAAAUAAACCAAAUACCAGUUGAAAAAUCUGCAAGUCAAGCCUCUAGAUCAAAGUCAAGGUGUCUUUUGGUGUAUCUUUUGAGUCUUGGGAUUUGCAGUGCUUCUGAAGAAUAUUCUUCCUACAAAAAAUGCUGACCAAAGCAAGUCAAAUGAGUUAUUCUGAGAAAUUGUUUGUUAUGUAAAUAAUUAUAGGCAUGCUUACCUUUUACACUUAUCGGCGCAUGAACUAGUUAAGGUUCCGAAUCGCAUGUGGAUAUAUUUUGUUUCGUAGUGGGAGCCAGCUGUCUGGAAAACGCUUAAAAUUUACAUCCCCAUAAAUGCACGAUAACGUGAGAGAAUACGUAUGAGUCAAGCCAGAAUCUUUUGGUUUAGACAAGCAAUAUAAUAGUCAUCAUCCUAACGUCAAUAUGAAGAGAUCGCUGUGGGGAUGUUUUCGAACGCUUCAAUGAAAAUAACGAAGCUUCAUAAGCUGUCUUUGACUGACUGCUACAUAAAGGAUCGACGCUCAUCCAAAGUUCUUGAAACAUCUACGAUCGCAUUUAGGGGGUCGUUAUCUAGCCGUUUUGGUGACAGCAGUGACGAGUGUGAGUUCGCAGUGCAAACAGUAGUACAAUACUUAGAAGUAUGCUGACUGCUGAAGAAGUCUCAACUGGUUCGGAGGUCUUCGAACCGCGGACCGUGAACAGCACAUCCAUGAACGGCAUUGUAGUAGUACAGGUCGACGAGCAUCUACGCUGGGAGGGCAUGUUAUACACACUCUGUACAACACUAUCAUUCAUCAUGUUUAUUUUGAUAACCAGUUUUGCAUUCCUCGAGGCUAACCGAUCGCUGCUUGAUUCGUCGGAAUGUAUUCGAGUUGUCAACGUUCAACCAUCUCUCAAAAACGCUGGCACGAUGGAAAAGAUCACUACCGCCUCAGUAUCUGCCGCAAAAGUUGGAGAUGUUCCUUCAUUUGCUGGAAGGCGACGCAAUUGCGGAAAAGGUUUAGAGGUUUCAAGAAUAAUAUUAUCAAUGAUAAGCUUCAUGCAUUGGAUAAAUCGUCAGUCAUUAUUGCAUUCAGUACGUCUGCUAGAAACUAUACGUGUUACGCCAUACCUGCGUAGUUUUCACAGUACGAAAGUGACUCAGCCCAAAUUAAAUCCGGAAUUAUCGCAAAGUAGAAAGCCGUGCCAAAAUCUAGAAGUCACACCAGUAAGGAAAAAGCCAUUGGGUAAGAGGAAGCAAGGCGCCGCUGGUAACAGUAAAACCUCAUACCCCUUUAGGCGCCAUCGUGAUGACCGAGAGUCCGCCGUAAGAGUCAUGGAGUCCAGUACGCAGCCCACAGACACUAUACGACUGCGCGCGCGUUGUUACAAUGAGAGAUUAUGUAGCCUAUCGAGUUGGCGAACGACUCUGACCGAGUACAAACGAAAAAGUUUAUCGCUUCAAUCGAAAUUCUGUAAGCAUUCAACUUCGUUAAGUAACGAUCUCGAAAAUUCGCGUCUCAGUGAAAGCUGUGUUUAUUUCGAAACGCAAAAUAUUGUUUGUGGCACACCCACCAUAGAAAGCACCUGUUCAAGCCACUCGGACGAUUCUUGGAGAGAGUUAGGUGAACUUAUUGAUCAGGCAGUCAAUAGGAGACAGUGGUCUUCAGCACUGUGUGCCUGCUGUGCUAGUCAUCACACGGAGUCGUCCCGAUCUUUUGCAUCGUUCCAGUCACAAACGGACGAUACUAGAUUUACAAGCUCGACACAAGCAGGAUUUCGACAGAUAGAAAUGCCCCCGCCAUCGAACGUCCUUGGCACUUUGCUGAGCUGGAACGACAUCUGGUCCGAGGCCCAGAAUGACGCUUUACCCAACUCGGUCUCCAGCGCUAAAACUGGCACGUUUUUUUCUAGUGCAAAAACGAGUACUGCGUUUACACCAGCGGACAAUGCAUCAUCGCAGCUUUAUAUUAAUGACUGCUCGACAACAGCGACUAGCCGCAUCAUAUGGCCACUUCAUAAAGCGGGAAAAAAUCAUGAAAUUACAUCGAGCCGCAAUUUAUCCCAAACAAACGUUCCUUUGAGAAUAUCCUCAACACAAACGCCGAUUGGAAAUCUGAGGAACAGACGAAUUUUUGAUGGUGUCGUCCCAUCCAUUUGGAGCCCGACAUGGCAACCUUCUUCUGGUGACCCCGAAUUUACUAUGACUUCUCCACUAAUGUUACACUCCAAUACGGAAUAUCAAAGCAAUGAAAGACCUUUUUCAACAUUUUUAGGGCUUUUCAAGAGAAGAUGAUGGCGCCUGAAUGAAUUUACCCUUUCGUCAAAAUCGAGAGCGAAGUUAUGUUUGGCCACCAGACGGAUGCGCUCCCAUAUCACCCGUGCCGGAGAGCCCUGAUCCCACACUAGAGCAAUCAGUACAGAUCGAAACGCAGUUGACAAAGAUAA